AUGUUUCUGCACGCAGGCAGAGCUCAAUUCCUCUUUCAAUCUUGCUCAUGUAAAUAUUCAUCUGGAUUAAAGCAGAAGGCGAUAACAGCGCGUUCGCACAUCGGCUUUGCGCCUCGGGUUGUUUUCUAUGCGCUUUAUUUGCAUACGCGUUCUGCUUUUUCCUUGUAUGUGGACCGAAUUAGCCGGUGUGUUUCUGUUUUUAGCCGAGGUUGAUAUAGCGAUAAGGCACUUUAAAGCAGGCGCGCUGCGGCAGGUGUUCAGUCUGGACGUGCUCCUCUAAAGCGCAGUCAUUAUUUGGACCAGUGAAGAUGAACUGAUUUUGAGGUGUUUGCUCACCACGGUUGAUGAUUUUUCAAUGGGUUGAAUCUCAUGACCACAACAAUGUCUACCAAUAAAUCUGCCGCCAGAAGAGCAAUUCUCCAGACCUCCAGGACUAGGUGGAACAGGACGGAUAACUUUGAUAUCGUUCCCAUCAUCAAUUUGGACGCAAGGAAGUGUGAUGAAGACAGCGUAGAGCGCUGGCUUACGACAAUCUCCAAGGACAAUACAAAACCAGAGGUUGUCCUGGAAACGUCCGUGAAGCCUAUAAGAAGAAACGAGAGCGGAGAAGAUGAUCUGGCAUUGGGAGUGGAAGCAUCUUUAUAUGGCAAACGCUCUCUCAAGACUCUGCGAGACCUUCUGAGGUCAUCUCAGGAUCCUCCUGUUCUGUCCAGGUGGAACAGUUUUGCAUCGAAUGUCUCAAUACCAUCUGAUGUCAGUGUAAUGGACGUAUUGAACAUACUGCAGGAUGACCCUGAGGAACUGCUGUUGGAUUUGGGUUUUGGCACUGAGGAGCCUGACAUUACAGGGAGAAUCCCAGCCCGAUUCCUCAAUUACCAGUCAUGUGCUCGUGGGAUCAGCUUUCAGCUCUUUCUGGAAGCUCAGCAGAACCGAAUGGACGUUGAAAACUUAGAUGUCAGAAAUCGGUUUAGACAACUCGAGGUUCUUCAGCAGGUCACCACGACGUUCUCCUCUCUGGUUGGUGCUAAUACUCAGAAUAUGGACCCAUCUACAACCUCCAAGAUGUCCGCAGAGGCACGAGAGAGGAGAAAGCGCAUGGCCAUGAUUCUACGUAGAGCCUCUAAGAAGAGCCUCAGCCAAGCCAAAACAUUACAGAACCAGCACAUGCCCUCUUCUGUGACCUCCUCAGCCCUAUCCGGCCCAGAAUCAUCUGGCAUACCAAUGUUAGAUAAAAAGAUCCCUUCUAAACGCACAAGAAUGUCAGACAACUAUCUCUCCCCGCUUGAAGAGGAGCAGAACGUUAAUUUUGAGGCCACUGAGCCGGUUCUAAACAGCCCAACGGUAAGAGGAACAUCAGACCUUCUGAAGCUCGACUCUGUCCCGUUCACAACCGAAGAGAGUCUGCAACGGCCUGUUGAAUCUUUUGAGCUGGAAGAGAUCCAGAGUUUUGACGAGGGAAGUAUACCUGGGAGCUGCAAUGGUCCAGUGGAUCCUGGAGGUGAACGAAUUGGGUCUUACGUGAUGAGAACAAACAGUUGUCAGUCAGACAGCAGUGGCUUCCUAGAGGAGCCCUUCAUACCUGUGCUAUCCCAGCAAAGCAGCCCUGGACCCGAUCUCAUGAAGAUGCUAAAUGCAAUAUCACAAGAUAGCACAGAGGAUCAACAGAAGAGAUUACAACAGCGAGAAAUGGAGGAUCCACCUGCAGAUAAAAACAACUCUGAAACGGAGUCAAACCAAAAACCCUCGCCUACAACAGCAGACUCUGAAACUGUGUUUGACUCAGGAGAGCUGAGGAAAAUAAUAAGUGAAAAAGAAAUUUCUUUGUCGCCAGAUAUUAGCAAAGUUGGCAGUAAUGGUGUUUACACUCUAGCAUACUUUGUUCAAAUGGAUCCCGUUGGUUACCCGCCUGAAAUACUGCAAGGAUCAAAAAGUCCAGACAGUCGUCUUUAUAGGGAAGGCAUGUCCCUCUUUGAGGAACUAAAAUCUGCUGAGAUAAACUCACACUUGAGGCCUGAUCUGAGGACAGAUGUUGUGGGAAGGGAGGUGGAUAACUUUACAAAUAAUCUUGAGGAGGGCAAAAAAGAUCCAGCCUUGGAUCUGAUGCAGGGAUCCCUGGCUUCUACCGCUGGGCACAAUUCCCCCACAGCCCUCAAACUCAGGAGAGAGUCUUUCUCCAGGAGGUCCUGGUCUGAUGUGAUCACAGAUAAUGACUCAGGAACAGCACAGACACCUACCACACAGACACCGUUCACAUCAGUGGACACAUCUCCACCUCACCUAUGGAACUCAGUGGACUGUUCUGGAGAUUCUGGACGUUUGCGUACGCGGUCGAUAUCACUGGACACCGGACUGUCGUAUGAGGAGGAGGAUCACAGACUGCACGGUGCAUUGUGGGCCGGCGCGCAGCGAUGCUUCUACUGCGGCUCCCAGAUCGGCUACGACAAUGGCUGGGCAAAACCUCAACCCGAGCUGUCCUCCAGUCUGCCCUACUCUCUGGAUGAGCUUGAAGACAUGGUGAAAUGUCUGAGGAAGUUCCGGACAGUUCUGACAGAAAUUGAAGUGAGACUAGAAGAAGAACAAGCAGCUGUGAUCGGAUCUCUGUCAGAUUCCCACAGGGAGGAAGUGGAAGAUGUUUUGAAGCUACGAGAAGCUGUCAAACAUGAAGCCGGGACCCUUGAACAGCAGCUGUCUGAUCUGGUGCAUCGCUAUGACGACAGCAUUAAAAUGAAGCUGAAUCGGCUCAUGGACGAACAGUCUCAGCUGUGCACCCAACUGAGAAUUACACCCUCCGAUAUGCCCCAUUCAGAACCCACCUCAACCAGGAGCGUGGCCGUUCAGUGCUGCCUGCCGCCCGUCGCGUCCAGUCCUCAGCGGUGUGUCCAUCAUCACUGCACCUGUCACGGGGCAUGUCAAGAUCCACAUCGGUUCCCCUGUCAAACCCAAUGGGAGGCCAACUUUAAACCAGACAGGCUGGACUUUGUAGCUUUUAUUAAAAGUUUGAAAAAUUCAUUACAACAUUCAAUGAACAAUAACUCAUUGGAAUAAGCGACGCAGCAAUGCAGUGAUGAAGUCACUUAUCAAAUUAAGUGCUGACUCCAAAGCACAAGAACUAAUAAACAAUUAUGUAUAUACCA